AUGAUUGAAAUGGAUUCAUCACAGCCGUCGGCUAAUGGAAGUGGAAGCCUCCUGCACCGGAAAGCCCCAGUAUCCUCUUACCAAAACGAGAGGACGAUCAAUAUAAGCGUGUUGUCCCAUGAAGCGAUCCGUGACAAAAUUCGCCAAUCGCUUGUGGAAGUCAGCAACGGCCUAGCUGCGGACAAAAUACGAUUCACCUACACCGAUGGCCAGAACGCGUCCGCUGUCCGCAUUCGAGUAGAGAAUGCACUAUUGGACGCACUCGCAGACCCCUACCGAUGGGCGGUUCGUCCAUAUCUGGUGCAGGAUAGCCAGCCGAUACUUAUCUUGCUAUCCACUCGCCAAUAUAAUACGCACGGCCCAUCCCUGAGCAGCCUGCUUAGCGCGAUAUCGGACAUGGAGAACGGGGCACCUACUGCGGACGUGUUGUACAGACUUGCAAACGAGCUUGACAAUCGCCUACUUCGCAGUAUUCUGCCCGAGAAAGCAGCUAUCAUCGAGAACAAGCUGACGUCGAUCGCCCACACCAACAGCCUUCUGCUGGCCACGCUAGCUGCGGAGAUCUUGACGUUCCAAGGGUCUCCAACCUUGCCAAUGAAAGCUAUCAUGAAAAUGCAACAAAGCGCUGGUGGUUGCGUCGACCUCAACGGGUACACGAGGCAUGCCGCGGCGACGUUUGAAAAGCGCAUCAAGGUUGAUGACUACAAUUUCUUCGAGCUAGUGCAUCCCGCUUACUUCCGUCAAACUGUGGCGCUGGCGGAUUUAGUGACCAGAUUCGUCAAGAAGCCUCGUCCUCGGGCCAUCGAUGUCGGACCUGGUCCAGGCACCAAUCUCCUCGCAUUCCUAGAACUACUCCCACAGACGGAAGUUCUGGCAAUCGAACCCAGUGAUAUUGCAUUCCAAUACCUUACCGAUCAUUUCAAAGAUGGCACGAUGGUUACAUGUCUGCGGGAAGACUUCCUGUGUGUGCCGGUGGAAUCGGGAGAAGUCGAUUAUAUCAUGUCAACGGGAGCAUCCCAUCACUUCUACACUGACGGAUUUCUUCAACGCAGCGCACAGUGGCUACGACCGGGAGGCUAUUGGUUUAUUGCGGAUGAGAUGAUUUCACCCUUCGAAACUCGUAAAGAACGACACCUCAACCUGCUACGCCACCAUCUUGCGUACAUGGUUCCCCUCUGUUUUCCCUGGCCCGCUAUGGACGUCGAUCCCCGAACACCCUCGGAGCGAGAAUUUGUCGACGAUUUCAAUAACACAGUCCCGCACGCCAAGUUUUAUGCUGAUACUGGUAUGGUUGACGAGGCGGAAAGUCUCUGCCGUGAAUUACUGUCCCGAGCGGAGCGCCAUGGGUUCACAACCAAAGUGUCUCACCCACAUCUUUCGUUCUGGCGACUGCAGUGGCUCGAAUUGCAAGCUCUAGUGGCAGGGCUCGAUUAUGAGGUGGAACAAAAGACACAUCCGCGGCACUUGAUUAAGAUGGCCGAGGGUGCAGGGCUUAAAUGUGUUGCGCAUAAACGAGUCUAUGGCACAGUGGGAUUGACGGAUGAUUGUGCUGGAACACAUGUUAUGGCUUUCCAGAAGGCAUGA